AUGGAGGAAGAUUUGAAGAAGCAAGGCGAGGCCAUUGAAGACAAUAGGAGAGCGAUACACUUUACCAAAGUUUCUACCAAGGAGAUGGACAAUCACUUAGAUGAGAAGAUCACAAGUCUUGAUAACAACCUCGAUGGCACCACCAAGAGUCUCAAUUCAAUAACAGCAGUAGCUCAUCAAGCUAAGAGGGAGGCACAAAUCCGAGAUUUACACAUCUCUCUAGACAAGAGGAGCCAAGAUAUUCAAAGAAGAGCUAGAGGGCUUGAAGACAAAGUAGAUGGAGUCUCCAAGGAAGUCAAGGAUUUAACCACUCGCUUAGCCAACUUGGAAGAGAAGAGAAGAGCUGAUCAAGAAAGAGCCACAAGGCUAACCACUGGAACAAGAGAAGAUAGCACCAAAAGGAAGAACCCUUACUCAAAGUCUUCACAACCGCCUCCCACCAAGGAGAAGAGGAAGACAAGAUCAUCACUUGAAGAGAUCAUAGAUGAUUUCAACUUUAUGGCGAGGAGAUUCCCUUAUGGUGUGCCGUUUGAUAAUGCUUGCAACAAGAGUCCAUUCAUGCAAGACCUAGCUUGGACACAAGAUUGGAGUCUAGCUGAAAUGGAAAAGAUGUACGAGGAAGCAAGAAAGGGGAUGCCUAAACCUAGGUUUCUACACAAGCUUCAUGACCCAGGUUACUUCCUUAUACAUUUCUCUAUCAAUGGAAGCUACUUUGAUGAUGCUCUUUGCGAUUCCGGUUCUAGUGUGAACCUUAUGCCGGCCGAGAUAGCCAAGAAGUUGGGAUUGAUCAAUUCAAUUGUGAAAUCUCGAAUGGAUUUAAAGCUAGCUGAUUCAUCAUUGACCGAACCACUUGGAGAGGUUAAAGACAUUCAGCUUGAUUUUGGAGGCUGCAUAGUUCCAGCCAACUUCUAUGUAGUAACCAUGAAGGAUCCGGAGGACUUAAAGCUUUUGCUUGGAAGAUCAUUCCUAGCCACAGCUGGAGCGAUCAUGGAUUGGCCUAAUAGAAGAAUCUCUCUAGCCAAUGUUGACAAGGACACCUUCUACGAUGCUGCACCUCCCGGUUUCUCAUCCAAGCGAUUUCGCUACACAAGUGGAGGAGAGUGCUCACAAGUAAGAGGAGAGUCGCAUGGCUACUUGAUCAAGGAAGUUCUACAGGACAAGAUGCACUUGGAAUCAUCAGGCAACAGGAAGUUCUUGGAGCCACCAAUCCUACCUAACUAA